AUGCUGGCGGCGGGUCUAAGCGAUACAAGCCCUCUUCUACAGCAGAUACUCGAGCGUCACUCUGGGGCCGUUGCUCUGGCCUGUAUCAACUCUCCGCAAAGCGUGACUCUAUCAGGCCACGUUUCAGCUCUUGAGACCGUGGGCCACCUGCUCCAUGAGCACGGCCAUUUUGCGCGUCUGCUGCAGGUAGACCUGCCGUACCAUUCUCCCUUCAUGGCUGACAUUGCAGCCCACUACAAAAGCUUGCUAGAUGCUAGGGAGGCUGAUUCGUCGUCUCCAGCUUCGCCGCGGCGCCGCGGUGCUAAGUUCUUUUCAUCCGUCACAGGGUGCGUGAUGCAGGGUAUGGUGGACAACUUGUAUUGGGAAGCGAGUAUGAAGUUACCAGUGCGCUUCAGCGUGGCAGUAGAAGCCAUGCUGACCGAUGCGGAUCCUUUGGAUUUCCUCAUCGAAGUAGGACCCAGCGGGGCCCUGGCUGGACCCGUCAAGCAGAUCCUCAAAUCAUUGCCAUCAAAUGGUGCUGGCAUUGAUUACCACGCCGCCUGCAGACGAAAUGCUUUCGAGCCAACUGCAUUGUUCGACGUGGCUGGACAGCUCUUCCUGGCCGACGGCCCGAUCAAUAUCAAUCAAGUCAAUGCCACAGCCCGGGCCAAAAGUGCCCGCGACAGCAAACCUGCGGUUCUUGUUGAUCUCCCGAACUAUAUGUGGAACCAUGCAACUAAGUACUGGUGGGAAAGCCAGGCCAGCCGGGAUUGGCGCUUCCGCCGAUACCCAAACCACGAUCUGCUCGGUGGCAAGGUCUUAGGGACCCCAUGGACGGCCCCGGUGUGGAAGAAGCUACUGCGCUUGCCUGAGCUUACUUGGUUGUUGGACCACCGAAUCGGGGGUCAGGUGCUUUUCCCGGCAGCGGGCUACAUUGCCAUGGCGGUCGAGGCAGCCUUCCAGAUGGGUCAAUCGCGAGGGUUCAUCGACCAAAACUUGCAGGUUCAUAACGUGGCGUACCGGCUUCGCAAUGUCACCUUCAUGAAAGCGAUGGUCCUGGAGGAGGGCACCGACCAGCGCAUCAUGCUCACCCUUACCCCUGAAGACGAACGCGCGGAUUCGUGGCACCAUUUUACUGUAUUAACGCUACAUGAGGACGCUACCACGACCCGCCAUUGCUCUGGUAUGAUCAUGCUAGAGACUCCUUACGAUGAAGAUGCUCCUUGGGAGGCUAUUAAGCCAUUAGAAUACCCCAUGCCCGCACAAGCCUGGUACAAGGCCCUCCGGGAUGUCGGGUACUCGUUUGGCCCUUCGUUGUAG